CAAAGACCAAGAAAGGCACCUCGUCCACCUUCUCUCUCUCUUCCCCUCUCGCUCCGGUUGCUCUCUGUCUCGUUCUCCGUCGCCCCUUUAUUCCUUGCACGCCGCUCCUUUUCUUUUGGUUUUCCCCCUUUCCAGCUCAAGAACGAAGAGCGGACAGGUGAGGUGCGAGGACCGGAAUACCUCGCCGCCGGAUGCAUGGAGUCGGAUAGCAUCGAAUGCGUGUCGUCGAUCGACGGGAUAGAUGAGGAGGCGACCUCCCUUCCCCACCACUCCUCGAAGUCCCACGGAGGCGCUGCGCCUCCCGCCGGGAUCGUCCCCUCCACCAGCGUCCACGAGCUGCUCGAGUGCCCCGUCUGCACCAACUCUAUGUACCCCCCAAUUCAUCAGUGCCAAAAUGGGCAUACACUCUGUUCAACAUGCAAAACAAGGGUGCACAACCGAUGCCCUACAUGUCGACAAGAGCUUGGAGAUAUCAGGUGUCUAGCACUGGAAAAGGUGGCCGAAUCGCUUGAGCUUCCCUGCAAAUAUUACUCACUUGGAUGCCCUGAAAUCUUUCCAUACUACAGCAAAUUGAAACAUGAAUCUCAGUGCAACUAUAGACCAUAUAGUUGCCCAUAUGCUGGAUCUGAAUGCUCGGUCGUGGGUGAUAUUCCUUCCCUGGUUACACAUUUAAGAGAUGACCACAAAGUUGACAUGCACACUGGCUGCACGUUCAAUCAUCGAUAUGUUAAAUCCAAUCCACGAGAAGUUGAAAACGCCACAUGGAUGCUCACUGUCUUUAACUGCUUUGGGCAGUACUUCUGCUUGCACUUUGAGGCCUUCCAGCUAGGGAUGGCUCCUGUGUACAUGGCAUUUCUGCGCUUCAUGGGUGAUGAGAAUGAAGCCAGAAAUUUCAGCUACAGUCUUGAAGUUGGGGUCAAUGGAAGGAAGCUAAUAUGGGAAGGUACACCUCGGAGCAUCCGUGACAGUCAUCGCAAAGUCCGUGACAGUCAUGAUGGGCUCAUCAUACAGAGAAACAUGGCACUCUUCUUCUCUGGUGGAGAGAGGAAAGAGCUGAAGCUGAGGGUCACUGGUCGGAUAUGGAAGGAGCAGCAGAACAAUGAUGCUGGAGUUUGCAUGCCCAAUCUCUGUAGCUGAAAGCCGUGACCAUAAUGUGCAACUUGUUCCCAUGAAACUGUUUAUGAUGUCUUGCCCAUCUGAUACUUUGAUGCUCUUCUGUAAUUGUAUGU